AUUCCUCCCUCUGGAUUCAGCUCAUGCUCUCUCCUCCCUUAUCUGUGCAUGCCAAAACACAGAUCUCCGCGAUUUUAGUCCUCCCUGCCCAGGUGAUUGGGUGAAUUCCAGUGAGUGACAGGCCGACCCGGCUGCAGUUGAUGGUUGGGCGGACUCCCUCAGAUGGGAUCAGUGUCCAGGGGGAGGUGGAGAAGGGGGGUAUGGGGAGCGCUGGCCCCCACUAACGGGAUGGCCUCGUGGGCCUGGCUGCUGGCCGCUGUCCUGCUGUCCCUGCUGACCGUCAGCGUGGCCCGGCCGCCCCUCACCGCCACCAAGGAUGAGGAGGCCACUCUGGAACCUGAAGAGGCAUCGAACAAAUACCAAAUUUCUAAGCCCACGGUGUGCUCAGUGCACCCAGGGGAGGUGCUGAAGCUGAGCUGCCCUCUGCCAUCGCCGGGGACCAUCACCUGGACCAAAGAUGGCAGCUCUCUGGGCACCAACAACCGCACGCUGAUAGAGCAGGAGGUGCUGCAGAUCCGUGAUGCCACGCCCAAGGAUUCGGGCCUGUACGCCUGCACCAGCGUGGGCAAAGACACGGUCUGCUUCAUAGUGAAUGUCACAGAUGCCAUCUCAUCGGGGGAUGAUGAGGACGAUACGGAGCGAUCGGAGGACACUGGGGCGGACGGGGAGCAGAUAAGCGCUCCGUAUUGGACCUCGUCCGCAAAGAUGGAGAAGAAGCUGCAUGCAGUGCCAGCUGCCAACACAGUCAAGUUCCGCUGUGCUGCAGGAGGCAACCCCCGGCCCAAGCUGCGCUGGCUUAAAAACAGCAGGCCUUUCCGGCAAGAGGACCGCAUGGGAGGGUAUAAGGUGCGCAGCCAGCACUGGACCCUGAUCAUGGAGAGCGUGGUGCCGUCGGACAAGGGCAACUACACCUGUCUGGUGGAGAACGAGUUCGGAUCCAUCAACCACACGUACACCUUGGACGUAGUGGAACGGUCCCCUCACCGGCCUAUUCUCCAGGCCGGUCUCCCGGCCAACACCACUGUUCAUGUCGGGGAGGACGCCCGCUUCGUCUGUAAGGUCUACAGCGACGCCCAACCUCACAUCCAGUGGCUCAAACACAUCACUCAGAACGGCAGUCGCUACGGCCCCGAUGGACACCCCUACGUCCGAGUGCUAAAGACCGCAGGCGUUAACACCACAGAUAAGGAGAUAGAAGUUCUCUACUUGCCCAAUGUAACAGUGGAAGAUGCUGGGGAGUAUACAUGCUUGGCGGGUAAUUCUAUUGGGAUCUCCUAUCACACUGCUUGGUUGACGGUGCUUCCAGCCCUCGAGAAGUCUCCAGGGCCCUUCUCCCCAGACUACGUGGAGAUUGCAAUUUACUGCGCGGGCGUCUUCCUCAUCGCCUGCAUGGUGGGCAUCGUGGUGGUGUGCCGCAUGAGGAACACUGCGAAGAAACCGGACUUUGGGGGCCAACCAGCUGUCCACAAACUGAGCAAGCAGAUCCCUCUGCGCCGCCAGGUAACAGUGUCGGCAGAUUCAAGCUCUUCCAUGAACUCCAGUACGCCGCUGGUACGCAUCACAACACGGCGGAGCUCCGCGCACGACGAGCCAAUCCCUGAGUAUGAUCUUCCCGAGGAUCCACGCUGGGAGUUUGCCCGAGACAGGUUGACCCUGGGCAAGCCCCUAGGUGAAGGCUGCUUCGGCCAAGUUGUAAUGGCAGAGGCCCUGGGCAUCGAUAAGGACAAACCCAAGGAAGCUGUAACUGUCGCCGUCAAGAUGCUGAAAGAUGACGCCACCGAGAAAGACCUGUCUGACCUGGUGUCAGAGAUGGAGAUGAUGAAGAUGAUCGGCAAACAUAAGAACAUCAUUAAUCUUUUGGGGGCCUGUACACAAGACGGCCCGCUCUAUGUGAUAGUGGAGUACGCCUCCAAAGGCAACCUGAGGGAGUACCUCCGAGCCCGUCGGCCGCCCGGCAUGGAGUACUCCUACGACAUCGCCCGCGUCUCGGACGAGCAGCUCACUUUCAAAGAUCUGGUCUCCUGCACUUACCAGGUGGCACGGGGCAUGGAGUACCUAGCAUCACAGAAGUGUAUACACAGAGACCUGGCAGCCAGGAACGUCCUGGUCACAGAGAGCAACGUCAUGAAGAUCGCUGACUUUGGCCUGGCCAGGGACGUCCAUAACAUCGACUACUAUAAAAAGACGACCAAUGGUCGUCUCCCGGUAAAAUGGAUGGCUCCAGAGGCGCUGUUUGACCGGGUCUACACACACCAGAGUGAUGUCUGGUCAUUUGGGGUGCUGAUGUGGGAGAUCUUCACCCUAGGGGGCUCACCCUACCCUGGCAUUCCUGUCGAAGAGCUCUUCAAGUUGCUCAAAGAAGGCCAUCGCAUGGACAAGCCUGGCAACUGCACCAACGAGCUGUACAUGAUGAUGAAAGACUGCUGGCAUGCCAUCUCAUCCCAGAGACCCACCUUCAAGCAGCUAGUAGAGGAUCUGGAUCGCAUCCUCACCCUCAGCACCAACGAGGAGUAUCUGGACCUGUGCGCCCCAACAGAGCAGUAUUCCCCCAGCUUCCCCGACACCCGCAGCUCCUGCUCCUCCGGUGACGACUCUGUGUUUUCCCACGACCCCUUACCGGACGAGCCCUGCCUCCCCAAGUACCAGCACAUCAAUGGAAACGUCAAGACAUGA